UCCGAGUGGGCGACGAGUUCAUACAAAAACGGACGCGGUCACCGCUCGCCAAGACAGUGAACGGUAGCCGCUUGACGAGAGAGGACAUAGUUUCUGCGUGGUUGGCUGCUACCAUUGGCGACGAACACUUUAAGUUGAUCUCGGCAAUUUCGAUCAAAAUCAGCAACAAUGUCCCGGACGACCAUCCUCCUAUCUUUCGCAAUCGGCGUCGUCUUCGUGGUUAUCAUGUGCAGGAGUACGAUGGUGGCGGCGGGAGACAUGCCGCUGCCGCCGCAGAGGCCGGGUGUCUUCAAGACGCCGCACCAGCUGCGAACAUACCUGCAGAAGCUCAACGAGUAUUACGCGAUCGUCGGAAGGCCCAGAUUUGGAAAACGGACAUUCGAUGAUUUGCGAGAGUUCGUUCAACGAGACUCGCUUGAGAAGCCGUGGUACGAAUCAAUACUCCAGGGCGAUAGGCGGCACGACUAUUAAUGGAGCUCAUCAAGUCAGCAAUGUCCGUACUGAAACACAUAUAAACACACCCGCUUCACAGUACCAAUCACAUUGACCCGUCUCCUAAUUCACGGGCAAGUCGUACAGAAUUUGGUCCAGCCAUCGCCAUCCUCGCCAUCGUCUAAUGUCACUGCUGUUGCUGAACGAUCGUCACUAUCGUCAUCGUCAUUCCGCGAGAACCGUCUCCAGAAACCUUUCUUCGGCGUCAGCGGUUAUUUCCAGACGCUAUACAUAUUAGUAUUGAUGUAUGGUUAAAACUCGAUCGAUACAUAUUCUGCUCUGCACGAUCUAGGCGAGCCGGCAGCGACAACAGCCGCGCGACUGUCAUGCCAAAGAUCGUGGUUUCAUUCCGAUAAUCGCUCACGUUGCAAUUAAUGAUAUGCACGAUAUAUGGCGGGUAUUGCACGUUGACUCUACUCUCCCGCGUAUCCGGUCACCUUGACACUAAGAUCACACACGGGCAGCGCACCUUCAGUAUAUAGCAGCAGUAAUGCUUUUAUAGCGUUAGAAACGAUUGACUAAAUACUCGUGUUAAAACCACUUUGAUGCGAAUUGUCUGUGCGAUGUUGACGUUUGUUCGUUAGCAUCAGGGAAUUAAUCUGUCAAAAGCCUAUGGCGUAUCUGUUACGGACCGUAGCGCUAACGGUAAUAUAUUAUUUAUUGGAAAAUAAAGUCUCAUAAUAUCACAUAAUAUGAGAAUCAUUAAUAUAAUAAUAUAUUUUUGACUACAUUACAAUAAACAGAUUCAUAUACAAGUGGC